UGAGUUGUCACAAAAACAAUCCCCCACCCUAGCCUGACCUCCUUAGUUUCUACAACAAAGGAUUGCUAAUCACGAUUGUAACUUCCCCUACCUCAAAGGAUUGCUAAUCCACAAUUGUAAAUUUCACUACAUCAAAGGAUUAGUAUCUACGAUUGUAAACUGCUGGGUAUAAAGCUUUGUUAUUUCCUUGCUUGGCACUGUUUCUCCUAGGAUUGCAUCCAGGGAACAGUCGCUGGCUGGCUCCAGUAAAUGCUCUCUAUUUUCUAAUUUGGCAUGUGUCUGGUUACUCUCGGCCCGUCCAUUUCAUUUGGAGGUUCCACCGAGAUAGCCCUCUGGGCACCAGACACGGGCAUCUCUGGAAGGCCAGGCUUCUCACCGUCCAGGGGGUGGCCACCAGGAAGACGUUCCCUGGCCCCGAACGCUGAGAUAGCCCGUGCGCACCAGGCUGCCCGGACCACAAAUCCUCAACUGGGCAUAGAGCAAUCUGUAAUCUGUCUGUUCUGAAUGAAGGGAUACAUGUGUUCUUCUAAAUACCCUCUUCGACAGAAGAUUUUCAUCCUGUUUUUGACACUAUGGUUGUUGUCUUUAUUGAAACUUUUAAACGUGAAAAGAUCCUACUUCUCUGGAAAAGGCAUUUACUUAGUCGAACGAUCUUUAAGCACAUCAUCUUACGUAAGAAACAGGUAUACUUUUGUCAUAGGUGAAUCCAGGUAUAAAAUUAACUGUUCCCAUAUUUAUGAGCAAGAGCCUGUGGAGAUUGGCAAGACAUUGGAGAUAAGGAGGAAAGACAUCAUCGAUUUAGAUGAUGAAGAUGUCAUAGAAAUGACCAGUGAUUGUAAGGUCUAUCAGGCCAUAAGAAGAUACCACCUGAAACCUGUUUCAGUGGAAGAGCAAAAAUUCCCAAUAGCUUAUUCUUUGGUAGUUCACAAAGAUGCUAUCAUGGUUGAAAGGUUGAUCCAUGCAAUAUACAACAGUCACAAUGUUUAUUGUAUCCAUUAUGAUCAGAAAUCACCUAAUACUUUCAAACUAGCCAUGGACAAUUUAGCCAGGUGCUUUUCCAACAUUUUCAUUGCUUCCAAAUUAGAGACAGUGGAAUAUGCUCACAUAUCCAGGCUCCAAGCUGAUUUUAAUUGCUUAUCUGACCUGCUGAAAUCCCACAUUCCAUGGAAGUAUGUUAUUAACCUGUGUGGACAAGAUUUUCCUUUAAAAUCGAAUUUUGAAUUAGUAACUGAGUUGAAGAAACUAAAUGGGGCAAAUAUGCUAGAGUCAGUGAAGCCAAGUAACAGCAAAAAGGAAAGAUUCACUUAUCACCAUGAACUCAAAAUUGUGCCUUAUGACUACAUGCUAAUGCCUGUAAGGACAAAUAUUUCCAAGGAAGCUCCACCCCAUAACAUUGAGAUUUUUGUGGGUAGUGCUUAUUUUGUUUUAAGCCGAGCCUUCGUUAACUAUACUUUCAAUAACCCCCUUGCUAAGGACUUUUUUGAGUGGUCUAAAGAUACAUACUCCCCAGAUGAGCAUUUCUGGGCCACCAUGAUCCGAGUACCAGGAAUACCUGGGGAGAUUUCCAGAUCAGCACAAGAUGUCACAGAUCUACAAAGUAAAACCCGACUAGUCAAAUGGAAUUACCUGGAAGACCAUUUCUAUCCUCCCUGUACUGGCUCUCAUCUCCGUAGUGUAUGUAUCUAUGGGGCAGCUGAAUUAAGAUGGCUUAUGAAAUAUGGACACUGGUUUGCCAAUAAAUUUGACUCCAAGGUGGACCCAGUUUUAAUAAAAUGUUUGGCUGAAAAGCUUGAAGAACAACAGAGAGAGUGGGUCCGUUUAUCUUCAGAAAAAUUAUUUAUGUUUGGAAGUCCCACAUCUGCAUCACUGUAGAGCCACCAUGAUAGAAAUAUCGUGAUGAAGUGAUGAUUGCUUUUAAUAAAGGCUCUUAACAUAUGAUGACAUAUAAUAUCAUCAUAAUUAUAUAAAUGUUAUUCUCCCAUAUUUUGAAAAAUGUCUGAUACAGGGGGAUACAAAGAAGAUUAUCAUAAGCUGGUGCAUAGUGGUAAUUUGCUUGUGUAUAUCACACCUUUUGCAAUUCCACUGGAUAGAGUUUUUGUGACUUUCAAAAUAUUGAGGCAUCAAAGGGCAAGUCAUACUAAUGAGGCAUAUCACGCCCUUGGGAAACUUCCCAUUGAAUUCCUGUGUGGUAUUUUUAUAGUGACCCUGAGACCUUCAUAGUAGUAUCUAAUUACUACAUUUUGAGUGGUCUGAAGAUACAUACUAAUGAUUAAGUACUGCUGAAGGAAAUUUGGCCAGAGCACACAGAAGGCAACAAUGCAUUUUGGAUGGUCUUUAAGUCCAGUAAUUAACAUUCCAUUUCUCUCUCAUUUCAGUUGCCUAAUUUUUUAAAUAAACUUUUAAAAGAGUAGGAGGAAGGACUGUCUACUACCUCAGAAGAGCUCAAAGAAAAGUCCAACUUCCUGCCAUAUCAUAAUUUAGCGCACCUUAUAGUCAGGGUGACUGAAAACACUGUUGAAAUGAACAUGUGUGGUGGUGAAACUCUAUGGGUAAAGUUGAAGAUCCAAAAUGUUCCUGAGAUUGUAUGCCCCACAUUACUUUGUGAUACCAUUGGACAGCACAGUUUUUUUUUAUUCACAACUGUUUCUUUUAAACUUAAGUAAGGGUUAGUUAAUGUUUUGAAGCAUUAACCUUGGGAAUCCAGGGCCAAGGUGCAGUUUUGUUAGAAUAGAUGCCUUCUGUGUUUUUGAUAUAGCUUGUGGAACUGUCAUGCUGAGAGUCACUGUGAAUUUUCUGCAAAAGGAGAUGUGAAAAAUGGCAGCUUUCUAAAGUAAAUAUCUAGAAAAAAAUAAAGUAAAUAACUAGAUGAUCAUUUUUAUUAUGCCCAUGGUAGUUGUUCCAGAAUGUGAUACCAUGGAGCAAUUGAUUUGGCAUCAGAGGACCCAGGUUCCAAUCCUGGUGCUACCCCUUGCACUUCUGUAUGACCUUGGGCACACCACUUCACCUUCUGGACCUCAGUUUCCUCAGAUAUAAAAACAGAUAUAAAAUCCCAAAUUGAGUGAUUGGACUCAAUGACUUUUAAGGCCCACUCCAGCUCUGAAUCUGUGAUUUCAUGUAGAUAAGUUUUAAAACUGUAGAAACUCUGUUUACCCCCUUAGUGUAACUACAAAAUAAAGAAAUGUUUCCCAAGUGAACAGUUAAAAUACCUAAAGUUCUUACAUCAUACUUCAGUGACCUAUGAUGAUACUAGUGUGGAUAGUUCCCCACUGGUGGAUCUUAUAGCCUCUCCCAGCCAAGACUUAAUGUAGUCUUCAUGUGGUGGUCAAUCCUCUGGAGAUAAAUCUCAAUACUCUGGUGAUAAAUCUCUCUCGACUUAAAUAAAUCUCUCUGGACUUAAGAUGACAAGCACAAAGUCUGUCCUUCAGCUAUGGUCAAAGCUAAAUGAGCACCUUCCAGAGUUUGUCUCCUGCUCUCAUUGGCCUUUGAGAACCCAGGGUCAGUGGACAACUGACUCACUCCAUUUGGUAACAUCGGAGUCAAACUAGAGUCGAGGAUUUGGAGUAAUAGUGCUGAGAAUUUCUGCUCCUUGGAACUGGUUAAUGGAGUUUUCAUUAAGAUAAGUAAUUAAGAUGCAAAUUAUUUUUAUGUAGCUGUGAUAGGGAAAGGAGAAAAAUGUGGGAGAGGGUAAGAUGAUCGAGGACAAGUUAGAGAGUCUUAUCAACCUCCCCUUUCAAAGUUGCAGAAUUUAGGUCAAUGUUUUUGAUUGUUCUUAGUUCAAAGGCUGCCUCAGUAACUACCUACAGAAGGAGUUAUCUAUGCCAAAAAAAAACCUAGUUGGAUGAUUGUAAUGGAGAUACUUGAUUGUAUUAUUACAUAUAUAGUUAUUUCUGGGUUUUGUUCCAUAAUCAUAUGUGAAAUGCACUUUGAUUUAUUUUAUGGGACAUGUUGCUUGCUGCUAAGUAAGAUGACAUCUCUCCCUCUCUUUCUCCCUUACUCCUUUCUUUUUUUUUUUCACAUUCCCUUCCAAGCAUUUUGACCAAAUAGGGCUCAUCCAAAGCCUUUGAUCCUAAAAAUAAGUAACCCUCUGAAAUACUUAAGUGAUUCUGCCAGAGGUUCUUUUUGUAAUUAAUUAGACUAACUUAAGUGGGCAAAGGCCUGUCUUGUUCCCAGAUCCUACUGAUGUCUAUUGGGCAAUGAGAAAUAGACAGCUGUUGAGAUAGAAACCAAGAUGGGGGAGGUGGUGGAUCACGGCAGUGGAUAAAGUGCUAGUCUUGAAAUCAGGACUACUUGGAUUCAAAUUCUGCC